AUGCCACCGGAUCGACGCCCUGCAGCUACGGUGGGAGUUGCGGCUGCUCUACUGUGGCACCUCACAGUGGUAUGUUGGCUUGGCUGGGUCCCUGUCACCUCGGCAGCGGCAGUGGCACAGGCGGCGUGGCUCGACCAACUCCAGCCAGUGCACCAAGGGCAGGUUGUGACGCCGCCGCCAUACAACACUGAGGUUCAGGAUUUCUUGGCACCUACCCUCGCUAUGGGUCUGGGCCCCAUGGGUGAUGGCGUCUAUGUGAGCAUCAGCUCAUCGAGCACCAACGCCUCUGCCUUGCUCGUCUGCGCACGAGCAGCGGUGGAGGCUAUGAUUGCGCCUGUCACGGUGACAACUGUCGACGCACUCUUCUACUCACUGACUGACGUCUCGGGGAAAUUGGACGUGAAUCAUGGGUGCUACAUGGCGAACACGCAUGAGAACUUACCUCAGUGUGUGGCGACGCUGACGUCCAUCGCGGCAGACUGCGGCGGUGUCGCAGUGGAUGCUGUGGGCCCGCACUUGAGCGAUGCUGCAUCUUCAGCUGACCAUGACUCCACCUCUUUGUCUGCCCUGUCAGGCGUUUGGCCGUCCAGUGCCGCUAUGCUUGCGGCCUACGUCCGUGAUUGGGGGCAACAGCGACUCAGGCUGGAACGUUCUCUACGACGCACUCGCGAGGCGGCGGCCGCCUUUGCUCGGGUGCACGCAUGUGUGCACAAUGCUGCAACGGUUCCUUCUAGUGAGGAGGAGACGCGGCUGCUGCGCGCUCGAGCAACAGCGCAGGUGGCAGAAAUAGCCUCCGCCGCGUACAGUCGAGUAAUGGAUAAGUACUACAUCUUCGACGAGUGGAUAGGUCCAUCACUCGGGAUUGCACCAGGAGGCGGCAGCGGCGACGGCAACAGCAGUGACAGCGGAAGGGGACCACAUAGUGCCGUUGGUCCAGACAUUGCGAAGUGUCCUGUCGACGCAUAUGCGCGUCUGCUGCUGUGGGGAAAUGAGUCCUUGUCGACGGUGCUGUCGGAGCUGAUGGGCACAACACUGGCAACGGCAGAUUUGGUUCACACUAAGGUGUUACAGCCAGCCGUGCGGGGCCUCGAGUGCAUGCAGGUGUUGACGGCGCUGGCGCUCAUGGUACUGGAGGAUGAGUCCGUGCGCACAGUUGCUGCAAUGCUGUCCCUAGGCAAAUUGACGAGCACAUCUGUAUGGUCCCUUGAUGAGUUUGCGAUGUUGGCGCCCGGGUACAAUGACGCCCUACGGCAGCGCCAGCUCUGGAGUCUUGCCUACGCGUUCGCUGCCGUCGCUGACCCGGCGGUGGCGGACGAGCUUGUGGGCGGCACCGAUAUUGCCGAGUGCAUGCGUCGCGCAGGGCUUGUUGUGCCAGACAACAUCACCGGCACUGUGCCUCCAUCCCUCUAUUGGUGCUUCUAUGGCACAUCCAUGAGCGAGAUGAUGCAAAGCUCUGUGCGUCAACGUUCCCUUGCCAUCCGUGAAAGCAGCGGCGCUGCUGAUCCGAAUGGGCAGUGUCUAUGGGGACUAAGUGUGUGGGAUGGACUGUGUGGCGGCGCGGCCUUCGACCCCGCUCGAUGCGAAAGCUGCCCACCGGGGUCCGUCGGGGACGGAGAGGGUCACUGCGUUUGCGGUGAUGCCAGCGCGAUGUACGUGACGCUGACGGACGGUUGUGUGGCGAAGGGCUCUGCCCACAACACGCCAGGCGUUCGUGUGAUACAGGCAGGCGGCAGCAGCCCAGUUCCUCUAUCGGGCAACAACGCGUCUAUCCCGCUCUUCUCCGUACAGCUACCUCAAACAGCAGCUCUCUUUGACCCCAGCGCAUAUCUGCGCGUGGACGUCGUAUGCAACGACAGCAGCCGUGGGGGUGGGGGGACGCUGCUUGUGGCAACGCCAUUCGGCGACCGGAGGGCGUCGUGUGCUUCUGUCGUGGCGUACGAGCGGCAGCAUGAGCGCACCGGCGUGAUGCACACCCUUGACAGAGGCACUCAGCGCUUCAUUACGUACGCUGAGAAUUUGACGAUUUCGGUGACGAGCACCUCUGCCUUCUACGGUGAGACGUGCAGCAUGACCGUCAGCGUCGGCAGCACGCUGCACCGCUCCUCGAGAUCUGUGAAUGCUGGUACGUGGACCUUCUUGCCGGGUGCGCCUCCGCUGAAUCUGACGGCGCACAGCUACCCCAGAGACCCAGUGGCGUCAGGGAUUACAAGCGCAGAGCUGCUCCCGGGGUGCGCAGACAUUCUUAGAGCAUUUUCUGAGUCUGGUGUUCUCAAUGCAGUGCAUGUGGGUGUGUGCCGCGCGCCUGGUGAGCAGUUGGGGGUGUUUGUGGCGCCCGGGGGCUACAGUCUCUUUGGGCCAUCUACUCAGCAGGUGGUCGGUGCCCGUGUGCGGCGUAGCGCUGGAGCCGCUCAGGACGCCGCUUUCACUUCGUCGGUGCAGUCCUUGGCUGCGCGAACCGGUAUGGAAGUGAGUCUGGAGGGCAGCGGUGCCGCUGCGGACGUGUUGUGGUCUGCCUCACUGCAUCCCCGCGUGACACCCCUGGCUGUGAACGCCUGGCACUUCGGCUGGUACGCGAAUGUGAGUGUCUACACGCUGCGACGUGCCCGCUCGCUGCGUGUGCGACUCGCGGACACGGUGGAAGCCUCCGCGUUUGCUUCCGUCGAGGAGAUGGUGCCAUUCCGCUACGACGACGGCCAGGGCGGUGCUGUCACCGCCCUCAUAGCUGACGAGGAGUACGGCUCCGGGUACGUGGCUGCCAUCGUCAUUUCUUCCGUGGUUCUGGCUGCCUUGCUGGCGCUGCUGGGAGUACUGUUCUACCUGCUGCUGAUGACUGAUGCGUGGCCCAAGCAGCUCUUGGCAUGA